AGAUACCUUAUUGUCGCGCACUGAUGACGUAAGUCGCGGCGUGAAGCUCUAAACAGCAUAGUUGUGUAAGUGUCCGAGAGACACACUGACGGAAAUUUUACGUCUUCAUUCAAUACUACUUUGUUGUUACCGGUGAACAUGUCAUUCCUGCGGUUGUGUGGCCUCAAAGGGAGAUACUUAGUUUCCGAAAGAAUAGCGGCGGAAUCGGUCUUGACAGGGUGUUUGCGGAACGCCAGCGGCGGGGUGGCAGACAAGGAGCCCCUGAAAAAGGCAAAAACACCUCAAGGGCGGUUUGAUAUCACCGAAGAGAAAACCAAAGAUGUUCUACAAAGUGAGAAAGACGCUUAGUUCCCUGACGAUGUCAACCCUGUUACCAAGGAGAAAGGAGGUCCUCGAGGGCCAGAGCCUACCCGCUAUGGAGACUGGGAGAGAAAGGGGCGUUGUGUUGACUUUUAAUUCCUAACUGUGCCACAUUAAAUUGUGAGUUCCUGAGUUAUACUUUGUGGCACUUUGUAACAUUCUGCUCAUUUUGAUUUGCUGUAGAGAGGGUUUUAGAUAGGUAAUGUGAGUGAAGCUGCACCGCAUAAAUACUCCAGUUACAAACACACAGUUGGAAUAAUUAUCCCAUUGGGGGCGAAAAAAAGACACUUUUGAAGACAGUUGGCCAAAAUGGCAUUUAGGUUUACUGUAAAGCGCAUUUUUUUCAAGUAACUAAAUGUCUGAUGGAAAAACACCUCAGAAUGUGAAGUUCAAAGGCAAGUUUUGCCAAGUAUUGUUUUUAGCUGAGUAAGCUUGUGUAAACUAUAUAAGUGUUCAGAUCAAUAAAUGUGGAUGUGGUCCUAUAUACAGAUCCUGGAUGUGUUAUUAUUGAGUAUUUACAGCUAAAAUGAUUUAUUAUUUAAGUAUUUUACCUUUAAUAAUUUUGCACAGAAGUAACUUGAACAGAAAUGUUUUUUUCAAUCUCAGUACAGGAUCAUGUACAUAACACUAAACCUGUUGUUUUUUGUUACGUGUCACACAAUAUACCCUAUUCUUAUCUCAUAACACCUUGUUUUUCUGCCUAAAUGCCCAUUCAGUUCAGAAAGUGACAUUUGUCUCAUCAUCAGUCAAGCUUUGCCUGUAUAAACAAGUUUAUCCCAUGAUGCACAGUGGUCCUUGAAAUUUUGCUAACCCUUUCAAAUGUAUUUAUUUAUGCAUAAAUAUUACCUAGAACAGUCCAAACAAUGGAUAUGUAAGGAAUCCAGUUAAAUAACUGAGACAAAAAUAUUAAACUAUCCAAUAGUAUAUAUUUGUGAGGAUUUUGAGGAGUUUAAAAUGUAUGUCCACAAUAAAUGGGUCCAGGUCUCCUUAACUGCCUUCUUAUAGUUUUUCCCAAAUUACCUUUGGCUGCAAUGACAUUUUAGCUGACUCUAUUUGCUAAUAAUACCUAAAUAUCUUCAAAUUUCUCCAAAACUAUUACCAGAGGACUAUUCAGUACUGCAGAAGAAGGUCAUGUUUUCUUUUUUUGGUACCUUGACAACCAUUUGAAAUCCGUUUCAUAACAUACCAGCCAGAUAAUGGUCAAACCUUUACCAAUUUGAAAGUUGUUUUUGUUAGCUACCACCCCAAAAUAUCACUUUGCUCUGUAUUAUAUCACUCUUAGAAUACAA